AGAUCGAGGUCGAGGUCGAGGAGGCCGCGAGACGGCACGGAUCCCCCCCCUCGCUCGCCCCCAGAAACGGAAAACCGGGGAAUAAAAUCGUAGUCAAAGACGGACGGGGAGGACGAGCAGCAGAGCAGCAGCGGAAAUCCAGCCUUCGUCGGAAGCACGGCGCGGCGCUGUCAGUCGGCCAGCCAAGACAGACAAGCAACGCAACGCAAGGGACGCAAGAGAGAGUGCUCCGAUCCCAUCCCCUGCCUGCCCGCGGUCUCCGCGAGCUCUUCUCCCCCCUUCUCCAUUUAUUAGGGGCAGGUUCACUUCUUGAUCCACUCGUCUCACCUAAUAGUACUAGCUCGUAGCCGGCCGCACGGAUCAGCGCCUUCCUCUUCGCCGCUCAAGCUUCCGGCACCCGGCUCAGAAUCUUCACUUCGUCCCGGCUCCACUUCUUGCCGAUCCAGGCAGCUUCUUGACAUGCGACACUGAUGGCGGCGGCAGAAGCCAGAGCUGCUUGGCAACGGGCCGCAAACCGCUGCUUAUUUCAGGAGGAUGCAAAGAGAGCUCCAAAACUGGCCUGCUGUCCACCGACAAUGCAACAGCAUGAAGCAAACAGCGGGAACCCCACCAGUCCGCGAGACUGCCACAUCCCGAAUUUCAUGCAUUUGAACUGGAACCCGAUGAACUCCAAUCAGCCAAUAGAUGCCUGGUUUCUUCAGCUGCAGCCCAAUUUCGGGUGCCACAAGGUGCUUUCUGGCGAGCAUCUGAAUUACAUGGGCGGAGAAGCCAAUGCCAAGAAAGUGGACAGUUUUUCGCCUGUCUCUACUCUUGACGACAUCAACACGAAGAAGAGCGAGUGCCCUUCUGAGCCACCGUGGAUGGUUUCGACGGCUUUUAUGAAGCAAACAUCUGAAGCACCUUGCGAAGGGUGCCCUCAAACGAGUCUCAAGUGCAGAGGAAAUUCCAAUAACUUCCUUCACGAGGAUAAAGAGGUUAUGGACUUCAAAACUUUUGAUCCUUUGUUUCCGAAGAAACCGAAGAAGGCAUGCUAUGAGAUGGAUCCACCUUGGGAACAAGACAGGAAGUCUCAGCCCUGGUGGCAAGUAGCUGACGAGGAAGGAUUGGCUUCGCUUGUUGCAGAAAGAGCAAUGCAGCACAUUGAGAACAAUGAUCUGCCAAAACCCACUCAGAUAGUGCGUAUUCAUGGGGCAAAAUUGAACGGCCAUGAAAACAAGGAUGGCUGUGGGAAUUCAUCUUCUUCUGGUAAAGAGUCGCAGCCUCGACUUCACGACACUAUGAUGUGCAGCUAUAGCCUCUCAAGCACCAAUGAGAUGAAUUCAUCUGACGGUGGAGGCUGGCAACAGACUCGCAAAAAUGAUGCGCAUGGGGGCACGCAGGAUUCAUAUAGUAGUGGUGAUCAUACACCAGGCAGCAAGCCCACAUAUCAGAAUCAGAAAGACGCCGAGAGGGCCCAGCUACUGGACGCUCUUCGCCAUUCGCAGACACGGGCUAGGGAAGCCGAGGUGGCUGCCAAGAAUGCUCAUGAUGAGAAAGACCAUGUCGUCAAGCUACUGUUUCGUCAGGCCUCGCACCUCUUUGCGUGUAAGCAGUGGCUGAAAAUGCUGCAGCUGGAGAACAUAUGCCUCCAGCUCAGGCUGAAAGAGCAUCAGAUAGCAGCCAUGUUCCCGGAGCUUCCCUGGACGGUGAUGAAGGAUGAGAAGGCCGAGCCAGAAGGGGAGCGAAAAGGCAGGGCAAAGAAGAAAGGCAGGAGGCAGAACAAGGAAGGUGGCUUCUGCAAGGCCAUCAUGUUUGCAGUUGGCGUAGGCAUCGUCGGCGCGGGAUUGCUCCUUGGCUGGACCUUUGGGUGGCUGCUGCCCAGGUUGUAAGUUCUUCUACCUAGCGUGCAGUUCGACGAAUAGGUGGUAGGUAAAGAAAGCUCCAGAUAUCUGCUUUGUGGAGUAGGAGGAUGAAAUGAUGGAAUUCUUAGAACCACUCAUAUUUGGAAGCCUUGCUGGUGAUAUCUCUGCGCGGUCCACGCCACGCCUUUCGUGUAUAUAUAGGAAGGGUUUUAGUGUACAUAUUUGCCAGAAAUGGGUAUUUCUGGCACACCUGUUGGUUCCAUGGGUGAUGGGUUGAAGGUGUAAAUAGUGUGCCUGAGUGGUGGUGGAACUUCAAAAUCAGUCGACUUGAACGGUGUGUAAGCCUGUACUGUAAGUAUGUCUGUUUAGACAAUGUACUGUAAGCAUAUGUAACUUUGUUGUCUUCUUGAUGUAAGAGGAGUUGUAUUAGUCGCUGGUUGGUAGCGACUACAUGUAAACCUGGGCAGCAAGCCUAUAACUUGGUUCUUUGUUUAAUGUAUGUAAGCGAAGUUGUAUUACUCA